AUGGCUCCGUCACCUGAUGCGGGGAAUAAGAAACCUUGCGACGGAAAAAAUGCCGAAGCCAAAGGCCUUCCUCAAGGAAGCGAAAACCAAAAAGAAGGCGGCACAACGAGUAUGGAUCCAAAACCGGCUACUCCCGAAACCUCAGAUGAAUACCUUGCCCUCGGUGUCGAACAAGAAGAAGCCGGAGAAAAAUGGCGGGCUGGAGACGCUGCCAAGUCGCUGCGCUUCUUCAUGCGUGCCAUUAAUACCUACGAUGAAGGCUUGAUCAAGCACCCGAGUGCAUUUGACUUGGCCUAUAACAAUAGAGCUCGAGUUCAAUAUGAAAUCACACAGAAUCCGAAAUUGAAAGCCCAGCUGUCGGCCCCGUUGGGUGAUGUCCUGCAAGAGGCACUGGAGUCACAUAGAGCGGCGCUUGCUCUAGAGCAAGAUAAUCCUGACGCACUCUUCAACACAGGCCAGGUACUGACAAGCAUCGCUGAGAUAUUGACCGAUUCGAAGCAUCCAUCCGACGAGCGCCUUUCGCAGGCUGUGAAGAUUCUGCAGGAAGCGAUCGAGAUCUUCCAGCGUUGCCUGCUUCUACAGGAGCUGAAGUUUACGGAAAUGCAGGAACAAAUCAAACUACUGGAAUCUGCGGACGCCGGACACCCAGAGGUGGAGCCGCAGAACACACAGAAGAUUCCCGAACAAUCAUCGGAGUCGAAACAAACGGACGAGCAAGAACAAUGGGCUGCAAUUAUAGAACCAGUGACCAAGGAUACAUUGGUGGACACGGCAGUAGCACAACUCGAUACAUUGACAACUCUCUGCAACCUGCUUACAUUCAACCCUGGGGUCGGCCUGGGAUGGGUGGAGGAGUACUCAUCCGACCUACUGCAAAAGCGCAUCUCCACCUAUGUGGAGGGAUCGAGCAGACACUAUGAGGCAGCUUUGGCCCGAGCCAAAUUCACCUGCGGGCUGAACGAACUGCUCUAUAGAAGCGGCCAAAUCGAGGCUGAAACGUAUUCCGGCGAGAUCUCACAAGCUUUUGGCGCGGGUUUAGAUGUCUCUACCGAUCCGGGCGGUCUGUGCAGCAAAGCAGAUGCGCUGACGUCGUUCAACACUGCCCUCAUCGAUCUUCCUCCUUACGAGCCUGAAGCGUUCACGAGAGCGUUGUCAUUGCGGUGGCAGGCACUUUCUGCGGCACUGGACGCUCUCACAAAAGCAUCCAAGCAUCCCGAUGCAGAUGACUUGCCCAAGAUCCACCUAGCCAGGGGAGACGUGGAGAUAGCUAGGUGGAGACUUGGCAUGUCUCCCUGGAACUAUGCCAUGGCUCAGCAAUACGGUGCCACACUGCUGCGCAACGCGCAAACCUACUACCGAGGAGCCGCAGCACUAGCCAGGAGAGACGGAGCCUCAGAGGAGUUGCGGGACGGAUCGUGUAAAGAAGCCAUUGCAGCGGCUCUGGAAGGACAGAAGCAGAAGCUGGAGGAGCUCAGAAGAGCGGCGCCAAAGGAACUGAUGAUGGUAGCCGAAGACGUCGUCGAUGAUGGAUGGAUGAGCCCUGGUGAUAUGGAGGUGCUUCUGUCAUAG